ACUAAUGUUAAGCAGUUUAACAGGAAAACUGUUAAAGGAAACACCUCCCAUGUUCUCUCCUACAACUACUGUCACUACCACUGGGUCACUUGCUACAGUCAUCACCACAUCACCAAAUGCAUCUGAUGUGCAGGCCAGAAAGAUCGUGGGCAGCACCAUAGUCACACCGUAGGCUGGAACAACGUGGUCGGCGUCUACCAAGUCCCGUCCAAUGCUCCACACUCUCACUACCACCGCCACCACCUCUACCACCAAACUCACAUCAGAUACUUCCAAGGGCCUGGCAAUUAGUGCAUCCCUGAGCAGCAUCAUGGGGCUGGGAGCACCUACUGCUACAGGCACACAGGCAAAUGGGAAGAGCGGCGUCAUCAGUGUGAAUGGCAACAAGCUGUCCACACCCAUCACUACAUCCAUCCUGCUGUCCACAAGUGAGGUGGUCACUGACAGCCAGGCUGCCUUGAGAGGAAGUGCUGUGAGCCCACGUGGUGGUGGUGCAGGAGUCAGGGUGUACUCAGGCAGCCCUAAGACAUCAGCUGCCUCUUUCCUGUUGACUAAUGUGACUUCUGCUUCUAAUGUGAGGAUGGCAAGUCCUUCCAUGGUCAUCACCAAUACCUUGGGUGUUCCUCCUGGAGGCUGUGCCACGAGUGCCUCCACAGAGCCCCUCUCCCUUAGUAUGGGCUCAGUUGUAGUGAGUGCAGGAGGUGUGAGCAAUAAUGGGGGAGGCAUGGUGGGUGGAAGUGGUAGGGGAAGGGUCAUCCUGACCUCCAGUCCUCGUCUUGUGCGCCCACUCAUGGCCUCCCCCGGCAGCCGCCCCAUUGGCAGCACCCGCAUGCUGAAUGCUCCCACUGCCUCUCGCCCCACAGUCAUGCUGGUCACCACGGCCACACCUGGAGCUGCAGUAUCCCCCUCCAGUGCAACCCCAGGCACCCUCACCACCAUGGCCCUUACACCUGCCACCAAUGUCACAUCUCCUACACUCAUGGCUUCAAGCACCCCCAUGACAUCCUCUACCAUUCUGGCAGCUGUCUCUAAGUCACCUACCAACUCAGCUGUUCUGGCACAGUCAAAGUCAAGUCCCCUCACACUUGCCACAUCCACAUCACUGCUGCCCAAGAAUAUAACCACACAGUCAGCUGUGUCCCCAAAGGGUCUAGCCACUGCCCCUGUCACAACCACAAGGCCCUCUGUGGUGCCAGCAGGUGAGUUAGCUCUACUAGUGGCAGCAUCAGAGAUGAGUGAGCGGGCCAGGAACCCUGGGUCACCGACCGCCAUGGCCACCGAAGCCAGCAUUCACAUCAUCAGCUCAGUAGACUCUUCUGGGGCUCAGCCAGAAGUCACAGUCAGCCCUUCAGCAGCCACAUCGCAAUCCUCACCAUCAGCAUCAACACCUGUGGGAGACAAAAACUGCAGCAACACUGCCAGCAAAGCAAAUGACACAAAGAAAACUGCAGUGACCAGUAGCCAACAGCAGGUACCAUCAACAUCCCAAGCCAGCAAUCAAUGUAUUCCUGGCACUGCCACUACAACCACCACUACCCCUACAACCACUACAGUUGCUCGUACCACUGAGUCUUCGAGCAGUAGUAGCACCUCCUCUAAAACAACACAACAGCAGCAGCAGCAGCAAGGCAUUGUGACUAGGACAUUUACCCUAAGUGGAGGAAUCAGCCUAAGGUCGAGGCGGAGCAGCGGACCUCUGGUGGUGGAGCUAGACAGUGGACGUCAGAGCAAGUCAUCGGGCAGUGGGUCCUCAUCAUCCUCUAAGGCGUCUGCUCUUCGCAAAGGCCGAGGAAGGGGACGUGGUCGCCCAAGGUCACACAUGUAAACAGAUGGAAUGUAUGAUCUGUGAGUUUGUGAGAGAGGAUUGAACUUCCCUCACAGUGUGAAUGUGCAUCUCCCUUGACAAAAAAAAAAUUGAAUGUUUUUAGAUGAAUAUUUAAAUGGAUAUAAUAUGAUAUUAGAAUAAAAUCAGCAAGCUCUAUAGCUAAUUCGUUGCCAAUAGUCCAGAAAGAAAAUGUAUGUAAUACAUUCUAGGGAAGGCAGUACAUUGUUUAUGUAUGUGUGCAUCUGUCUGUCUAUAUUUUUCCUGUAAAGUGCAUUUUAAGGAAAGAUGUGGAAAUUUGACUUUGUGUAUUUAAAUACAGAAAACAACUAUAGGGUACAGUUUUGGCAUUCUUGUUCAGCCUUAACAAUAUUAUGUCUGUGUUAAUUAUGUAUGGAUUAUAUCAUCAUCUGUGUUAGUUGUACAGCAUGACAUUAUGCAAAGUUUUAUAUUAAUUAAAUGUAAUUGUGCCAACAAGGUUGGUGUCACAGUUGUAUUAUAACUUGUAAGUGCAAAUAUAACAUUUGUUUCGAAAAUGAACAAAUAUAUUGUUAUAUAGUUACUUUCUGUGUAACUUGUGUUCAUAAAAUGUUUAAGUUAUAA